CUAAAUGGCGGACAAGGUGACAGGAAAGAAAUUUGCAUUUCAAAUAUUUGAAUUUUAAUUUCUCGAUCGAAAUUUACAUUACGUGGCUCAGCUUCAAUGGUCCUACGCCAUUUGCAAUAAAAUAUUUCUACUUUGGUGUGAAAUUGCGUUUACUUAGGGACGAUCAAAAAUGUUUCGUGUUUCAAAGUUUGCACUUUUGGCACCUGUAGUACUGUUUCUGCUUUUGAAAGUUGAAGCAAAAUCAACUGCAAAACCAACUCCAAAGCCAUCUCCAAAACCAUCCCUAAAUCAAACGAAAAAUGAUAUUGCUGAAACCAAAACCCCCAAAUUAAAUGCAACAGCAAAGUCUUCUCUUGCAACUUUACGCAGCAAUGUGUCCACAACAUCAACAAUGAAAACAUCUCCAACCUAUGUUGCACCUCAUUUCAGUGGAAUGUUGAAGCGCCUUAUUUAUGUGACAUUAAUUUUGUCAGCAAUCAUCGGGGGCUACUUUUUGAUAAAAUUCUGUCGCUCUGGAAGACGUAAACCAAGAAAGUAUGGUGUGGUGAAGACACCAGGUGAUAUGGAAAUGAGACCAUUAGAGAGUGAUGAUGAUGAUGAUGAUGAAGAUGUUACAAUGUUUAACAGGAAAGACUAAGUUUCGAGAACAAAGGAUGUAAAUAUGUGAUUUGCCUAGCAAAAUGAAAAUAAUUCAACGUCAAGUGUACUCUAGUGCUACACUGCUGAAGUUUAGUUUAUGGUGAUUAACUGUUAUUUUCAUGAUAGCAAAAGCACUCAAUCCUAUCAUUACCUUUCAAAUUACCAUAGAUAAAAAUUCAUGAUUUCAUGUUGAUGUUCAAAAAAUGUUAACUUUGAUACAUUUUACAAAGAGGACAGUGUUUAAGGUAAGGCUUAAUACGUUUCAUCUGUCAUGGUGACCUGUCUUUAUCAGUUAGCAUUCACAGAUAUGAACAUUCAAACACUUCACAUAAGCCCUAAGAUUUUGAAAAAUUUGUUUGUGCAAAAGUAAUAUUAGCAAAAAUUAGUUUCAGAUUUUCAAGGAUAACAACUGCUAAAUAUUUUCUUUUUGUACUGGAGAAUUUUCUGUAUAUUUCUAAUGUUCUCUGUAUUCAAAAUCCUAAUCUUCAGCAACUUUAUCACUAUUCAAUACGUUUGAGAGUGAAAACGUUUCUGAGGAUCAGGUUCUUACAACAAAGAUGUUUAGUAUAACUUUAAUAUUAUAUUUCUUCCCAAAAUGACACGAGUGAAAUAUCCUUUUAAGGCUAAAAUGUUUUCACCAGAGCAUGAUACAACAUUUGAAACAGUUUCAUGGAACUUCCUUUAACACGUCAGGUAAUGCCAAGUUUAUCAAAUACAGAGCACAAACGUACAUUAUGUUAUAAAUCAGGUUAAUUAAACUAAUUCGUUUGUUCCAUACUACUACUUUUUCCACAGUUCCAACGGGUUUAGCUCGGCUGUGAUUAAAUUAUAAGGUCUGUAUUGUGGUAUAAUUAUAAUUAGUGGUACGAGAGAAACUUACGUGUAAGCCUAUCACAGAAAAUAAACAUACACACAA